AUGUCGGUUUCUUACGAUUUCACCGAUCGCCGUUAUUUAGUAACCGGUGCAAGUGCUGGAAUUGGUCGAGGAAUUUGUCUUGAUUUAGCUAAAGCUGGAGCACAAGUUUUUGCAUUGGCAAGACAUCAAGAAGCAUUAGAUCAACUUGUUCAGGAAUCAGCGCAAUACGUAAGCUUUUUAAAAAUAAAUUUAUCAAACUUGAGAUUAUUAUUUUCAGAAAUAUAAAAUAAUUGCAAUAAUUGGUGAUGCUGGUUCAUCUCAAGAAGUUUUGGAAUCUUUAAUUUCUCCGAUUCUUCCACUUGAUGGACUUGUAAAUAAUGCUGGAAUUGCUAGAAAUGCACCAAUUGGUGAAAUAAAACAAUGGCAAAUUGAUGAGUCAGUCAAUUUUUCGAAUUUUCAAUAAAAAAUAAUUUAAAAAAUCUUGUAGUGUCUACGCAGUGAAUGUCCGUGCUCCAAUUAUUCUUUCUCAAUUGGUUGCAGUUGAUUGGAUUGCAAGAAAAUUCCCAGGAGUUAUUGUAAAUAUGUCUUCUCAAUCAGGAAUGCGGCCACAUGAAGAUCGAAUAGUUUACUGUGAGUUCGGAAUAAAUUCACAAGUCAGGUAUUUUUAAUAUGUUUGAAUAAUUCCCAGGUUCAUCAAAAGCCGCACUUCAAAUGGUCACUCGAACUCUUGCUCUUGAUUUAGGAAUCCACAAUAUUCGUGUAAACAGUGUUAAUCCUACAGUAGUCUGGACUGAUAUGGCUAAAGCGGUAUGAAACAUUUUCAAAUAAAAAUGAACCGAAUGUAAAAUUCUAGAACUGGACUGAUCAAAAACGCGUAGAUCAAAUGCUUGGAAAAAUGGCAAUGAAAAGAUUUGCUGAAAUUCAAGAAGUUGUCAAUGCAACUUUGUAUUUAUUAUCAGAUGCUUCAUCUUUGACAACUGGAAUGCCAUUAACUGUUGAUGGUGGAUUCACUAAAGUUUAA